AUGAGCCAGCCAUCGGGGAACCCCCCCAAGAGUCACACCCGCAACAAGUCCUCCCUCACUCGCGGCGAGUCUCCGCAGCCCGUCGGCCAUUUGGCCGUCCCUCUCGCCAGCGCCGGCUCGACGACGCUCUCGAGGCCUCGCCCCUCGACCAAAGGACCCGUCGACGACCGAGGCGAUCCCCUCGCCUCGUCAUCCACCCCCCGACAGUCCACCUCGAGCCCAUCGCCCGGCGGGCAGCAGUCCCGGCGGAGCGGUGGCGGCCAUGUCGCCCAACCCGACGUCGUUCCCCUGCCCCUCCCGGACGUCCGUCCCAAGGACUUUUCCUUCCUCCUCCGGCCCGACAUCUACCACCCCCUGACGCAGCUCGACGUUCCCUUGGCCUUUCGCAACUCGCCGAAGCGGCCGGAUCCGUCGGUCCCCCUCGAGGAGCUCCUGCGGCGUGGCCAGUUCCGUGCCGCCGCCGUCGCCGCCGUCCAGCAGCUGACGACGUCGACGGACCCGCACGACUACGAGCGCAUCUUUGGCCUGCUCUACACGCGCCUCGUAUGCCUGACGCUCAUCGACGCGACGCCCCUCGCCGCCCAGGAGGUCAAGGCCCUCGAGGACCUCAACGACGCGCCGACCUACAUCGACGAGGGCACGGGUGAGCACCUCGUGCCGUGGGAGCUGCGCGUCCUCAACGUCCGCCUCCAGUCGCUCGGCUUCGGCGACCCCCGACGGGCCGUCAUGAGCUACCACGAGCUCGCGAGGGAAGCGAGGGCGCACGCCGCCAAGGCGGGCACGAGCCACGACGAUGCCGCUCGAGAGCUCUGGAAGGCCCGCCUCCACGACCUCGGCAUCAAGGUCGCCGGCGCCCUCAUCGAGAUGGACGACCCCUCCGGCGCGACCCAUCAUCUCGCCGGCCUCCGAGACGGCGGCGACGGCACCCUCGGGCUCUCCAAGGCCCUUCUCUGGCUUCAGCUCGGCGACGUCGGCAAGGCCAGAGGCUGCGCGACGGCGACUCGCGUGGUCGAUACCGAGCGCUUGAUUCUCGCCCUGUGCGACAUGGCGGAUGCCGAGUACGAAUCUGCGCUGGAAAAGUGGCGGAGCCUUCAACAGUCGUUUGAGGGCGACGAGAUGGUCGGCGUCAACACGGCCGUCUGCCUGCUCUACCUGGGACGCAUUCACGAGGGUCGUGAGCUGCUCGAGGGUUUGGUCGACGGAGGUUACUCCUCCCACUCGCUGCUGUUCAAUCUUUCGACCAUGUACGAGCUGUGCUCGGAAAAGAAUCGCAACUUGAAGGUGAAGCUGGCCGAUCGAGUCGCCGCCAUGGCCGAGUCCCCGACAGGGUGGGAAAGGACGAAUGCAGACUUUAAGCUUUGA